UGAAGGUGCAUGCAAAAAUUUUAUAAAAAAAAUGUUGGAUUAGAUUAGAGUAGUCUAUUAUUAUUAGGCGGGAAAGAGGAAUGGAAAAGGGGGGCCUAAAUUGAAAGUAACAAAAUGAAAUGAGGAGAGUAUGGAGUUAGAGAAUUGAAAAUGGAAAGACGCAAGUCCUUCAUUGAAUUCGAUGAAGACGACGACGACGACGAUUUCCUGUCUCAGGUUGCGGCCGCUGAGGCCACUGCUCUCGCCUCCAAGCGCCAAAGGAUCACUCCCACUGCAACCAAUGUCAUUUCCCCAAAACCACCUUCUCACGACGAUGGUUUAUAUAUGGCCGCUCUCAAAGGCAAUCAGAGCCUCCUCCACCAGACUACGGUCCCCGAUCCUCUCCGUGGGAGAGUAGCCCCCAACGGCGCUGUCUCUGGCGCUGAUUCUUGCUUCAAAUGCGGCAAAUCUGGGCACUGGGCUCGCGAUUGUGAUGCUGCACCUGGAGGAGGCGGUGGUGGCGGAGCGGGUCAGUAUAGUAAUUAUGGAGGAUCCGACCCUUCGAUUCCGGAAAAAAGCUGCGCCUGUGGAAUGGGAAUUUGUAUGGUUCUUACCGCAAAUACUGAGAAGAAUCGGGGCCGAAAGUUUUACAAAUGUCCUGUUCGACAGGAGAAUGGAGGUUGUGGUUUCUUUGAAUGGUGUGAUAAUGCAUCUGGAGCUAAUUCUAUGGCGGGUGGGAGUUAUACUAGUGAUUCUAAUUACCCGGGCAUUCAAUGUCCUUGUGGAGCUGGUUUAUGCUUAAUUUUGACUGCAAAAACUGGCAACAAUGUUGGUCAGCAAUUCUAUCGCUGUCCUGCAAACCAGGGAAGCUCUUGUGGUUUCUUUAAGUGGUGCAAUGACCAAACUGCAUCAGCUGGUCGUGCAGUCACUGCCUCUAAGCUUAGUUAUAACUCGAGUGACACAAACAACACAAGCUUCACUGCAAAAACUGGAUCUUCCUGUUUUAAAUGUGGGAAGGAUGGGCAUUGGGCAAGAGAUUGUUCUGUUUCUCCAUCAAACACCCCUGCUGAGUUUGGAGGAAGAUCUGCUUCUGCUUCUGCUGCUUCUGGCACAUGCUUUAAAUGUGGUAAGCCAGGGCACUGGUCCAGGGACUGCACUUCUUCUCAGGUCUGAGGAUUCUGUGGUUGAAUGCCUGAUCUACCCUUGAGUCAGUUCUUUACGAAGUAGGCGUUUAAUAUGACUGUAGAAGUAGAGCAGGGUAAGUUGAUGCAUAUCCAUUUGGAUUUUGUGUCCUGGAAUGGCUAUUUGUAUAAACAGGGUUAUGCAAGUUUUCUUAGUCAUGAUCUGAUUCGAGUACAUUUUGAUGUAAAGGAAUAGAUAAAAUCCUGAAGCAUAGAUACUUUGAAUUGACUGGCAAAUGAAACCUUUCUCUCUUACUAUA